UUCUUUGCAAAUACAUAUUCUUUCAUUUCAUAAUACAAUAAUGGCUGCCUCUUCAAGUUCAAUGGCGUUGUCUUCUCCAUCUUUCGCCGGACAGGCAGUGAAGCUCUCUCCCGAAAUCACCGCCAACUACAGCCGUGUCUCAAUGAGGAAAACCGCCGCAAAGCCGAAGCCUGCGUCAUCCGGCAGCCCAUGGUACGGCCCAGACCGUGUCAAGUAUUUGGGUCCAUUCUCCGGGGAGGCACCUAGCUACCUCACCGGUGAGUUCCCAGGUGACUACGGGUGGGAUACAGCUGGACUUUCGGCUGACCCCGAAACAUUCUCCAAGAACCGUGAGCUUGAAGUGAUCCACUCAAGAUGGGCCAUGCUUGGUGCUCUUGGUUGCGUCUUCCCCGAGCUUUUGGCCCGCAACGGUGUCAAGUUCGGUGAGGCUGUUUGGUUCAAGGCCGGAUCACAAAUCUUCAGUGAGGGUGGCCUCGACUAUUUGGGCAACCCAAGCUUGGUCCAUGCUCAGAGCAUAUUGGCCAUUUGGGGUGUCCAAGUUGUUUUGAUGGGAGCUAUUGAGGGCUACAGAAUUGCCGGUGGGCCCCUCGGUGAGGUUGUUGACCCACUUUACCCGGGUGGUAGCUUUGACCCAUUGGGCCUUGCUGAGGACCCCGAAGCCUUCGCUGAGCUCAAGGUAAAAGAGCUAAAGAACGGCAGACUUGCAAUGUUCUCCAUGUUCGGAUUCUUUGUUCAGGCUAUUGUCACCGGAAAGGGCCCACUCGAAAACCUUGCCGACCAUCUUGCCGAUCCCGUUAACAACAAUGCCUGGGCCUUUGCCACUAACUUCGUACCCGGAAAGUAAAAUUGACAUAGACGAGUACUGUAGUGAUUAAUACGGAUGAAUGAUGUAAACUUAUUGUGUAUUAUUGUUAUUGAAAUAUUAUAAUAAUGUAUUUAUGGGAUUCAACGAA